GUCCAUCGUCAGUCAAGACUUUUGAGAGGAGUAUAAUUUAUAUGUCUGUGCGUCCUUCCCUCCCACAAUUUAAUAUUCACAUCAUGUGACCACGCGUACCACCCUUGCAUUGACGCGUCUGUCGCAUAACUCAAUGUGCACAUAAACAUACAUUCCAAUGAAAUACGAUGGAAUCGCGUCGAGUCAUUGCUGACUCAGACGAUGAUUGCUCGUCAAUAAGUGUCGAGAGUUCCCCUCAAAAAGACAGGCCAGUCGCCCCAGUCGCACUCCCCAAUGGCACUGUAACAGAAGCCACCCCGCCAUCGGUUUUGGAGCCAGCCCUACGGCUAGGAACAGGCUCGACAGAUUCUGUACUCUUUGAACGAAUCCGCAGUGAUUAUUGCGGUGUUCUUGACAUCACAUCCACAAACGAGUCGACACCACAACUCUCCCCACGUCCGCCAGGGCUUGACGAAAGAAUCAUAAACCAAAGAAUGUCUUCUUCAGUAUCCCAGGAAAGUGUCAAGAAGCUCAAACGGAGCAAAACAAUGUAUGGCUCGUCGUUUGCCUCUAUUUCGGAGCCGACUACCUCAAAUAGGAAGGCAAAGCGCUCGAAAAGUAUGAAGGCAUGGGAAGGGACGACACAAGUUACAAGCCCCGACCAAUCCAAAGAGCUUCAACACGAGAACAGAGGCGGAGAAGAAAGAGUAAGGGAUGAGUGGGACUUCCCAGGCAGCAGUGGUCCGGGUGCUACAGCUGCGGUUCUGAGGAAUACGCGGCUUGAGAAAACAACGGCUGAGAGAACGGACGAGUUGGAGCUUCUGCGGAGCAUUCCAUCCGCCAGGCCCUCAGAAAUAAAUAAUGUGGGCACAGAGACCGGAAGCAGUGGGUUAAUAACUUAUGGAAAAUUGAGGGGGACGAAGACAAUGGGCAACCAAGUGCCAAGUUCGUCACCGUACGUGGAGCCACGACGAAGAACAAAGGAUGACAGCGAAACGGCCGUCGAAAAUAAAAAGAGGAAAACUAGGCAAGGGGGUGAAGGAGAACCGUUUGCCAUGCUGCCAAAACCUAAGCGGAAUAAACGAGUCCAGUCUGCCAACGACGAGACUCUCUACAAUGCGAGCGUAGCCGUAGAUGAGGAGCCACAGCUGCCACGGCUUAGCGCCUUCCCAACGUCCUUGUCACAGCAACUCCGUUAUGAAAUCGAGAAGGCCAGCACGGAACCAAGCAGCGUUCAAGUUCCUCGUAGUAUCAGCCAAGAACUUCGAGCUCAAUUAACUUAUGACUACGAACAUGUUUCAAAUGAUGUCGGCAUCGGCGAUGGCUCUGCCGAGCAAGUCUCAAUCGUGAAAGCAACAAAUUCCGACAAGGUGGGUUCAGAUCUCACGGCCCACAAAACGCCAACAGGAACUGUUCCAAACAGCCCUCGGGAUACUUCACAGGAUGCCUUAGCCAUCCCAGACAAUAAUCUUGGUCAUGAGUCUUCCGAGCUACCUUCAUUUGAUAGAGGUAUUACUACGACGUUUAUGGUAAAUAUGUUAACAAGUAGCCAAAAUAAGGAGUAUAUGCACUAUGGGGCGGCCUCUAGCGAUAACAACCACAUCUACUCACUGCCAGAUAUGAUGGAACCAGCCAGAGCAUUAAAACUCACAGAUGCAUCCAGCACGGUUCCAAACCAGACUCCUCGCCCAGACCGUUCGGCCGUUUCUUCCGCAAUAAACUCAACAGAAGCAACCUUUCCACUUUCAUCAUCUCCUGUCGUCAAUUCGGGUAGGAAGGUCAAGAGGUCAAAGACUGGGCUUUCAUCCUCGGCAAGUAAGCCGAAUAUGCUGAAACUGUCUCGUCACAAGUCUAUGGGCUAUUCCGAUAGGGAAGUUUCUGUCGAUGAACUCUCACUUUCGCAGCCGCAACACCAAAUUUCUCCCAUUCGUGCCUCUCAUACUGUGUCGAUUGAGCCUCUGAAUGAUAAAGAAAUUACAGCUGUCGACACUACGAUCGCCGUCAAUCCGCCCACAAAGCGGAAAGCGCACGAUGCAGAUCUUCAAAGCUCGCAGGAUUUUGGCCAAAUAACAGAAAUGUACCAACCGCGUCUCAGUGCCAGGAGAUCGAAGAGCAUGAGCGCCAAAGCAGAUAUCGUUGCAAACGAAGAGUUUGCGAAGGGGUUGCCUAUGAAGAGAAAAAGGAGUAAAAUUACCAAGGCGAAGGAGGUCGUAGAGGAACCUUCGGCUGAUGAGAUCGGCCCUUCAAACGAAUCAGCACAGCAUCAGGCGGAGGAAACAGAAAAGCCAAAAAAGAAGAGCAAAGCACCACAUGCCCUCCCCGAUACGCCCAAGUCUGGAACAGAUUCACACUAUGAAAUUGUUGAGAUUGACAAGGUUGUGCCCGAUAAGCGCCGGGGACGACCUUCAAAGGCUCCUGCGGAGAAAUCGGCGCCAAUAAUCGAAAAUUCUGACAUGGACGACGAUGAGAUUGAAGCCCCACAGAAGCCUGUGGGAAAUAAAUCUCUAAAAACCCAAUCAAAAUCCAAAUCGAAGGAAAUAGCAGCGAGCGAUGAGGAUGAAGAUGAAGAUUCUGGUGAUGUCGGCACAGCCCCCGCACCAAGUCGCAACCAUCCCACGAAACCCAACAUUCCUGCACCGCCCCAGUCAACGCCACCCCCGAAACAGACGAAGGAAUUGCAGACACCGAGCAAGCCAUGCACACCGCAUAGUCCUCUACAGAGUGGGAAGGUGCCGUAUAGGGUUGGGCUGAGUAAGAGGAAUCGGAUUGCGCCGUUGCUGAAGAUUAUCAGGAAGUGAGAGGAGUGAUAUUUGGGAGGCGCCAUACCCAUUUGCUUGUUUUGACCCUGAAAGGGGGUUGGCUAUGAUGUAUGACUGGGUGGGCUGUUUGCUGGCUUGGGUGUUGGGGGCCAUGAUUAUAUUACUCUGCUACUAACCACGAAUGUGAUUCAGUCAUUAUGACGAGUUCGAAUGAUAUAUUCUCGUGAAAUAUAUGGACACCUAGUGAACUCAUGCACCUGUCACAAACCAUGCCGCUUAUGUUACUCGGA